AAAUUGCCCAGAAAAGCUCCUCGUGGGUCCAUUAGGUGGAUCAGGGAUGACAAUCUUCUGUUUGUUGAAUGGAAGGACACAUGACAAACUUCUGUUUGUUGAAUGGAAGGACACAAGAGAAGUUAUGAUGUGCUCCUCCUUCCAUUCAGCUAACGGAAACCAGACGGUGCAGAGGAGGGUCAAGACACCUGAUGGGCAAUGGGUAGAAAAGACGGUCCCCAUUCCUGCUGCAGUGUCCGACUACAACAAGAACAUGGGAGGUGUUGACAUGUCUGAUGCCCUCAUUGGGUAUUAUACCGUCCUUCGAAAAACAAGAAAGUGGUACCGGUCUCUAUUUUACCAUUUUGUGGACAUCGCUGUUGUAAACGCCUUCAUCAUUCAACAGCAGCUGGCUAAAAUGAAACAAAAGAAGGCAAAAAGUCAGAGGGAGUUUCGAGAAGCUCUGGUCAGUCAGCUUGCUGACUGGAUGCCACCACCUGCACCACCUGCAUCCUCUGCUACACCUGCUCCUCCUGACUCCCAGCAUGACUGCCACAAGCCAAAGCACAUCUCUAAUUCAAAACGUGCUUUCAGAAGAAAGUCCAGAAUGUGCCACAUGAAGACACCAGUCUUCUGCCCUGCCUGUGAUGCUGCUCUCUGUUUCCUGCCAGAACGUGAUUGCUUCAACAACUGGCAUGACAAGAACAGCCUGUAA